AUGGCAGCAGCCACAUGUACCUUGGUGGAUCCUGAUAUGUGCUCAAAACGUUUUGGUCGCUGUAGGAGACAAUGUCUUAAAGAGGAAAAGCAAAUUGAUAUAUGUUUCUCACCAAAUAAGAUUUGCUGCAUUGAGAGGUUGUAUGAAGAGGAUUAA